UUACGUAUAUACAAUUUUGCCAUUACAAUAAAAAGGUUAACAACGAAUUCCAGGAGGCAGAGAGAGUGCGCGCACUGACGCACUCCGACACGUCUGCGCGUAGUCUUCGGCUUUCCCCUGAAACUACAUAUCCCAGCAUGCCUCGGUGAACCGAUCACAUCCCUGAAGAGAGGGGGUCGGCAUCGAACCUGUGUUUACUUCCGGAUUUCCUGUAUAUGGCAGAGCUUGAAAACAGCCUCUCCACUUGCCCUACAAGCUCCGCGAGAGCCCCGCGCCCCGAUCCGAUCCGAGACCGUCCCCGGUGGAGCGCGAUGCUUUGGUGACCGGAGAGCCGCCAUACUCCGGCACAGCCGCAGAGAGAGAUUAGCGCAGCUUUAGACGACCAUUCAAGACAGAAAGUAUCCCCCUGCCACCCUUCGCCAAACGUCAAAGUCAAUGCGGUGCUUGAUCGGAGCGCUGGAGCUCAUCCACCGGCCCCGCCGUCACCUCUCAUGCGCCGAUCACUAACGCGCUCUCGUUCGCCAAACACAAGCGCCGGAGAUUAAACAGCCGAAAGCCGAUCCAGACUGAUAGCUCGGGCUACCCGGAUACACGGCAGCUCUGCUCGGAUUUAUCUCUUUCAGUCAUCAUGGAGUGGUUAAUGGGGAAGGGCAAAGGGAAGCCCAAUGGAAAGAAGCCGCCCCCCGAGGAGAAGAAGCAUUACCUGGAUGCAGAACACACCAAAGUGAGAGUCGUCGACUUCGACCUCAAGGAGCUGGUGGUUUUGCCGAGAGAGAUCGACCUGAACGAGUGGCUCGCUUGCAACACCACGACGUUCUUCAAUCUGAUUAACCUGCAGUACAGCACGAUCUCCGAGUUCUGCACAGGAGACACAUGUCUGGCCAUGACCGCCUGCAGCACGACGUACUACUGGCAGGAUGAGAAAGGGAAGAAGACGAAAUGCACAGCGCCACAGUACGUGGAUUUCGUCAUGAGUUCAGUUCAGAAGCUGGUGACUGAUGAGGACAUCUUUCCUACGAAAUACGGUGAGUGAGUCUCUAGC